UUUCUUGCCUUAAGGAGUACACUGCUUUCCCUGCUGAAGCAUAGAUGUUGACAUGUAAUAAAACGGGCAGCAGGAUGGUAGUGGACGCAGCCAAUUCGAACGGGCCAUUCCAGCCUGUGGCCCUUCUACAUAUUCGAGAUGUUCCCCCUGCAGAGCAAGAAAAGCUCUUUAUUCAGAAGUUGCGACAAUGUUGUGUCCUUUUUGACUUUGUGUCUGAUCCACUAAGUGACCUAAAGUGGAAGGAAGUAAAACGAGCAGCUUUAAGUGAAAUGGUAGAAUAUAUCACGCAUAAUCGCAAUGUGAUCACAGAGCCUAUUUACCCAGAAGUAGUACACAUGUUUGCAGUUAAUAUGUUUCGCACAUUACCACCUUCAUCUAAUCCAACGGGAGCAGAAUUUGACCCAGAGGAGGAUGAACCAACCUUAGAAGCCGCAUGGCCUCAUUUACAGCUUGUUUAUGAAUUUUUCUUAAGGUUUUUAGAAUCUCCAGAUUUCCAGCCUAAUAUAGCUAAGAAAUAUAUUGAUCAGAAGUUUGUAUUGCAGCUUUUAGAGCUCUUUGAUAGUGAAGAUCCCCGAGAGAGAGACUUUCUUAAGACUACUCUGCACAGAAUAUAUGGGAAAUUCUUAGGCCUAAGAGCUUACAUCAGGAAGCAAAUUAACAAUAUAUUUUAUAGGUUUAUUUAUGAAACAGAACAUCACAAUGGCAUAGCAGAAUUACUGGAAAUAUUGGGAAGUAUAAUUAAUGGAUUUGCCUUACCAUUGAAAGAAGAGCACAAAAUCUUCCUUCUGAAGGUGUUAUUACCUUUGCACAAAGUGAAAUCACUCAGUGUCUACCAUCCACAGCUGGCGUACUGUGUAGUUCAGUUUUUAGAAAAAGACAGCACACUUACCGAGCCAGUCGUGAUGGCACUACUCAAAUACUGGCCAAAGACUCACAGUCCAAAAGAAGUUAUGUUUUUAAAUGAAUUAGAAGAAAUUUUAGAUGUUAUCGAACCGUCUGAAUUUGUAAAGGUUAUGGAACCUCUCUUCAGGCAGCUAGCCAAGUGUGUCUCCAGUCCACACUUUCAGGUGGCAGAACGAGCACUGUACUACUGGAAUAAUGAAUAUAUUAUGAGCUUAAUCAGUGACAAUGCAGCAAAGAUUUUGCCCAUCAUGUUUCCAUCCUUGUACCGGAAUUCAAAGACACACUGGAACAAGACAAUACAUGGUUUGAUUUACAAUGCUCUGAAACUCUUCAUGGAAAUGAACCAAAAACUGUUUGAUGAUUGCACACAGCAAUUUAAAGCAGAAAAACUUAAAGAGAAGCUAAAAAUGAAGGAUCGGGAAGAAGCAUGGGUUAAAAUAGAAAAUCUAGCCAAAUCAAACCCGCAGGUAUAUGGAAAAUAUUCAGAGUACUCAGUAUAUAGUGAAACAUGUCUGGUGACCAGUCCUGUUGCAAUGGAAACUGAUGGGCCUUUAAUUGAAGACUUGCAGGUGCUGAAAAACACAGUGAAAGACGAAGCUUGUAUGGCACAGAAGGAUCAGAAAAAGGAGCGUCCUUUGGUGCGGCGCAAGUCAGAACUGCCUCAGGAUAUCUAUACCAUGAAAGCCUUGGAGUCCCAUUGCCGAGCUGAUGAGCUAAUAACGCAUGAUGGGCAUUAGACUAUUCAAGUGAAAUCUUAUUUGGAGGAAAACCUUUUUCUUUUUCUGGACUCUGUUCCACAGUAGAGAACUUACUUUUUUUGUGCCAUACUGAUCAGUUACACACAACGUCAAAGCUUUUUUUUUUUCCUGACCCGAUUCUGUUAGGCAAUAACUAUGAAACUGUACAUGCAGCUCAAGAUCAGUAGUUCGAACAAUGGUAAAUUACCUGAUUCUGUAUGCAGAACCUAGUAUUAAACAGAGUAAUCUUGAUGCUGUUGGCACGUUACCCGUCAGUUGAGAACAUGCAUUGCUCCCAUAUGAGUGCUGAAAGAAGAAGCACUCUUGGUGCAAAAAUCACCAAACGCUGUUGCCACCUGGCCCUCCCAUUCAUUUCAGGGCUGCUUCAUGUAUUGCAUACUAUUUACCUGGUGUGGGGGAGGAAGUGCAAAACCGUAAUGUUAAUGAUGAUGAUGAUGUUUGCUUCAUGUGUGCACAUUAUGAAACUACAGUUGGUUGCAUCUCCUGAUGCAUGGAAGUUGCAGCAGAAAAUGUGCAUACCAAUGUGACUGCCAUAUGACAAUCUAUAAAGGAGUUGCAUGCUUUCCCCUACAGAUAAAUGCUUUCCAAUGAUGCGGAAUGUAAUGUGUGAAGCAGCCUACAGUGGAUUUGCGGGGGGGGGGGUCCUUUGCCAGUCCCACUGACGUGACUGGAGGCUGCAUAGCAGCAGUGCCUGGUAGACGGGAGUCAAUUUGCAGUCAUCCCUUUCCCACUGAUGUUUGGUACUGUGGCAAUACGCAUCUCCAAAAGCAAAAUUCCAAAUUCAUACAUAAUUAUUAGACAUUUUCCUAAAGUGCGAGUCUUUAAAAAAUGGUUUCUGCAUUAUUGUCUUGCUGCUUUUUUGGCAGCUGGAAAAAAUACCAUUGAAUUGUUCCCUCAGUGCAUCUUACAGAAUGGUAAUCUUCACGACAAUCUUCAAUCACGGCUAAUUUCUAGGAGCUCUGAAAACCAAUUAUCAGAGAGACAGGCACCCUGUCCAAAUACUUUAUAUGGAUUGAAGUCAUAUUUUCCAUUCCUUAGCAUGUAACAUAAAAUUUAUAUUUCGGAACUGAGCUGACUGCAUACUUUGCUUUCCUUCCCAAAAAAAAUGCAGUUGUCUGCCUUGACUCAAAAUUAAUUGCAUUUUUUUACAGUCACUGGAUAACUUCUUG